AAAUGCGUCUUACGAAUCAGGAAGCGCUGUAGCUGUUGCAUCUUUUACUCCAAAUCCAUUCACAUCCGCCAACAGCACGCGCAUGUAUGGAUCACGCGACGCACAUGGUCGAGCUUUACCACGAUUUCGCGUGUGCCAGAACGGAGCAAGACGUAGAAUAAGAAAUAAGAAGUACAGGAAUCUUUCAAGAUGUCGAAGCUUUUUAUCCUGUUUGAACAUGCCGCUGGCUACGCCGUAUUCCGUGUUAAAGAGUUCGAAGAGAUCGGAAUGCUAUUACCUCAAGUGGAACAAUCUGUAACAGAUCUGGCACGCUUCCAUAACAUUGUAACUCUUGUUGGAUUUUCUCCCUUCAAGACAGCAGUGUGCGCUUUGAAAAACAUCAAUAGCAUUGUCGAGGGAACAGUGUCAGAAGACUUGAAGCUCUUUCUAGAUUCCUGUUUCGGUGGGUUCUCCAAACAGGAUGUUGUUCUUGGCGUUGCGGAACCUAAGCUUGGUAUCAAAAUCACUGAAGAAUUGGGUAUAAAAUGCGACCAUAUCAAUGCUGUUCCUGAAAUCUUGAGGGGAAUAAGGCUCCAUUUUGACAAACUGGUGAAAGGCUUUACUCCCCAAAACACCAAGGCUGCACAAGUGGGUCUUGGACACAGUUAUUCAAGAGGGCAAGUUCAAUUCAAUGUGCACCGAGUGGACAAUAUGAUCAUUCAGGGUAUAGCCUUAUUAGAUCAACUGGACAAGGAUAUCAACACGUUCAGCAUGCGUAUGAAGGAAUGGUACAGUUAUCACUUCCCUGAACUUGUAAAGAUAGUUCCGGAGAGUUUGAUGUACGCGAAAGUGACACAAGUAAUAAAAGACAGGAAGGAAAUGACGGAUGAGAAAGAAGAGAAGUUAGUAGACAUUGUUCAGGACGAGGUAAAAGCUAAGAACAUUGUCAAAGCAGCCAAAUCAUCCAUGGGAAUAGACAUAAGUCUAGAUGAUUUAAAAAAUGUUGGAAUCUUUGCUGCACGCGUUAUCGCAUUGGCAGAAUAUAGGAAAAGGAUGUCCGAAUAUUUAACGACAAAAAUGAAAGAUGUAGCACCAAAUCUAGCUACUUUGAUCGGGGAUCAAGUUGGCGCCAGAUUAAUAGCACAUGCUGGAUCGCUUACUAAUUUAGCAAAAGCACCUGCGUCUACCGUUCAAAUAUUGGGAGCGGAAAAAGCUCUGUUCAGAGCGUUGAAAAGCAAAAAAUCGAAUACUCCAAAAUACGGGCUCUUGUUCCACUCGACAUUCAUCGGUCGUGCUGGCACUAAAAAUAAGGGUAGAAUAGCGAGGUAUCUCGCAAAUAAAUGUUCUAUUGCUUCCAGAAUCGAUUGUUUCCAGGACGAACGAAUGCAUCGGAUGCAGGUGUUUGGUGAAAAAUUACGACAACAAGUAGAAGACAGACUGGUCUUCUACACAACUGGCAAGGAACCGAAGAAAAAUUUAGAUGUGAUGAAAGAGGCAGUGGAAGAAACGGAACGCGUGUUGGCUGAUCAGAAAAAAGCUGACGAAAAGAAAAAGAAACAGGGCAAGAAGAGAAAACGCGACUCGCUCGAAAAUGGUCAAGAAAAUGGACACAUUGAAAAUGGUGAAGUAGAUACGUCAUUGCAGAAAAAGAAAAAAAAGAAAAAAUCGAAACACGAUGAUUGAAAAAAGAAUCGUUUUUUAUGUAUGUUUUAAAAGGAUAAAAUAUUCUUUAUAAGGUACCUAUAUGAAAGGUGUCUGUAAGCUAUAAGGUAUCUUAUAGCUUUAUAAGCUAGUUCAGAGAUAUAAAAUUUUUACUUCGCAAUUAGUAAUCAUUUUUUUCUAUAUAUUAACAAAAGUUAUGUUUAAGUGUAUUAUUUAACAUUGACACGUUCGGCAUCUUCUACAAAUUUAUACAUUACAAGUACAGACAUUUACAAUGUUUUCUACAAUGAUACAAGAAUAUAUGAAGAUACAAACAAAAAUGUAAAAAUUUUAAUAAACAAUUUACCUCGAUAUAACAUUGUUUUCUUUGCAUUGGGGAAGAAACAUGUACAUUUUCUGUAUUGAAGGAAAUCUUAUACACAUAAUUCGGAUUGCAUACAUCGAACUUAAUUACUAAAGUCAUGGACGACCAAUUGUAUAAUUCAUAUUCUAAGAAAAUAAUAAAGUUAACAAACGUAAAACGGAAAUUUUAUUUAAUAUAUAUAUGCUGCUUUCCCCAUUUAUAUUUAUUAUAUUCCCUAUUUAUAUUUGACAGGAAUAGGAAAAGAGGUAAUUAUAAUAAAAAUAAAUGGAAACACACAAUAUUAUGUGUUAACACCAGCACCAAUUAGCAUUUAAUAACGAUAAAUUUGUAAAGUAUAAAUACCUAAACAAAAAUUAUACAAUAAAAUUAUUGGUUCUAGCGAAGUCUCAGAGUCUCAAAAAUCAACUAAGCCAUUUAAAUAUCGGAUUGUAUAUAUAAAUAUAAGUAAUCAUCCUGCCACAUAAUCACAUUGGAAAAUUAAUAAUAGUUGAUUGAUCAAAUAUACAUUUUAUAUGAACUCUUAUAUUUUAUACAUCACAUUGGAUUAUAUAUAUAUUUUUUUAUACGCGCGACUAAUAUUGAUAUGUAUCGGUAUAUAUAAUCCAUGAAUUUCAAAUAUUACAUAACAAGAGAUUGAUACAAAAUAUAUUAAAGAUUUCAUUGCCAUAAAUGUUUGCUUGAAUUUCAGUUUGUUCUUUUUUUGUAAGAUAAUGUUUUGUAAGAUAAGAAUUUAGAGAAUUUGGUGUCAAUUCAAUUAAUCUAAAUAUCAUAAACAAUAUUAUCGCGCGUAAAUAACACAAGCAUGAGAUGUAAAUUUUAAAUGGAUAAUUUACGUUACGCAAAGUAUUGCGGAAUUCGCUAGUUGUAAGGAAACUUAAUUUCAAUAGGUGCGAUCUCACGACUCGUGUUAACUUCGAGUUUUACAAAGGGUUUUAUAACACUAAACUGUACACAUGCACCCAUGUAAUAACGCUUAAUAAUCGGCUGAUGAUUCUCUAUGCGUUGAAUUGACUAAAAAACAACUUUUCUCUUUAUAUUUAUUUGUACAAUAUAUUUUCAUAUUUGAAAAAUAUAUUUCCCUGCCUAUGUUGUUAAACAUCUUGCCGCAUAUAAAAUGCUCAAAUAAUGGAAAAUGUAAAGGGGUCACACUUUAACCUUUACACAAUUCAGUCUCUGGUACUCGCGUGAAAGUUCCUCUCUAUGAUCUCUUUGAGUCAACUUUACAGAGCAAAACUGAAUAAUUGGAUAACUACUCGACAUGUUAUCUUUUUCUAUGAUAAUUACAGAGAAUGGCUUCCAUUACAUCAAUUGCUUCUGAGAUUUGGAAUCUCGUAAUUACUACUACUACAUUGUAUACUUUUGUAGAAAUUGAUAAUAAAAACCAUUCUUAUAUAACAUGUAUAUAAUGUCUAGCUUUGCCACUAAUUUCAGCUUGUAAAUUUUCACUUAUGUAUUGCUAUUAAAAAUCCAAAAAUAAAUGCCAAGUAUCUUCCUUCUUUUUCAACAUAUAUACAUACGAUGCGUACAAAAUAAUUUAAAAAAAA